UCCAGAAGGUGUGCAUUAUAUUAAUCAAAAUGUGGCAUGCUUUUCUGUGUUGUAAUACUGUUGUCUUUCAUCUUCAGAGAUGGGUUCCAGAUGGUCCUGACAUUGGAGGAGGCUUGGAAGAUAAUGUGAAAGUGAAUGGCUGGUCAGCAGAUGAGAUGUUCAAAACCAAUGAGGAAAAGUUUGGUGUUAAAUCAACAUACAAUGAGGAUUUGUUGGAGUACACAACACCACUUCCAAAGGAUAGCACUGGUGAAAUGGAGCUCAAAGCGGAACAAGCAGCUCGGGAAAUUGAGCAGUCCAGAGGGCACUUGCACCGGCAAGAAGUUGAUAGUGGUAAAACUGAAGAGGAAAUGUAUGCAGCUGUUGUGAGACCUCAAACCACAAGUGCAGAUCCAAGAACCCCUCAGGUGUCUCCUGAACAGUCUUCUGUAGAAGGAAAGCCGCAAAGAGAAGCUGCUCCUGAAACAACUCAAUCAUCAGAUGAGAGAAAAGCUACAGACACGGACACACCAGCAGUACAGGAAAAUGCCAAACCUGCAAGUGCUGUUACUGUGAACAGUGAAAACACUGUGACACACUCCUCUGGUGGUCAAAGCUUAAAGGAAUUGUCCAUCGUAGGACAAACAGCUUCUACGGACACUCAGGCCUCUGGUUCCAAAGCAAACCAUUCUGAAGUUGUGAAAGAUCUGAAAGAGUUUCAUUCCAACUUCAAUCUAAAAGAAAAGUCUUCCAAGAAGGCAAAAGAUGUGCAGCAAACAGUUCCUCCAGAGGCAGAUCAGGCUGAGGCUACAGUGACUAAGACCACUACAUCCUCUGUCAAUGAAUCAGGGACGCCAUCUUCUCCAGAUGUGGCCAAAUCAGAAGAGAAAAAAGAUGGAGAAGCCAGCAUUCUGUCUACUUCAAAGCUAAAUCCACUUGCUAAAGAAUUCAAAUUCACUCCCAAGGCUCAAAAGUCAACUCCACCUCCACAACAAUACAUAUCAGUGGGCCCACCACCUUUCUCACCAACUUCCAUCAGAGCUCCAGUGGCAGGAGGUCCUUUCCCUCCCCACCCCCAACCAAUGAUGGUGGUACCUCAACUCUACAGAAGCAAACAGCCAUUCAAUAAACCUGCACGAAGCCAGUCAUAUGGAGGUGGCCGUGACCAAGGGGAAUCACCGCCUACCUUCUUAUCGGCAGCUGCUGCAACUGGCAGCCCAAUUAUCACACCAGGAGGUGGAUUUCCUCAGCAAAUGUACGGUCCAAUUCCACCACAGCCUGUCACUUACGUCCAGCCACAUGCAGGAAUGGUGCCACAGCCAAUGUUACCACAGUUUGUUGUUCCUCCAGGACACGGUCCAGCACGAUUUAUUGCUCCUGUGUCAUCACCAGCAGGGGCAGGUACUGUUCCAAUGACACAGACAUACCAGGAUGGCACACCUGUCCCAGUUUAUGUUGCUGGUGCACCCAUGCAAAGUGCAGGCACCCCUCAAGGUCAGCCGCAGCCUAGCCCUUCACAGUCAGGUCAGUUUGUCUUCAGCUCCCCGAUGCCAGGACAGCCUCAGGUUGGCGCACCCCCUCAGGGACAAGUUACACCUGGCCCUGCCCCAUAUGUUUACAUUCCUUCAGUGGCACCUAAUGCUGUGCCCACUUCUACUCCGUCGUCAGUAUCCUACAUGCCUGCAGGCCCUUUCCAUAAUGACAGGAUACAGUGACGAGAAAUAAAAACGAAAAGAAGAAAAAAAAUUGAAGCUCCUUUUGACUGCAGUCUAGCAGUCUAUACUUUCACUGUGUUAUUGAAAAGAAGUCCCAGCAACAGGAAGGAGGGAUCCACAGAUGCCCCUGUCUGUUGUAUUUAAAACAAAUUUGUUGCAAAAGCAAAUAAAGUAUUUGUUGGAAUAAAUUUUGAAACAUUGU